AUGGCGGAUUCCUCCGAGUCGUUCCACAUGGCCACCAGCCCCACCCGAGGCCCCCGCAGAGGAGACCUGACCUCCAGCCCUGGCAGAGACCUGCCCCCCUUCGAGGAUGAGUCCGAGGGGCUUCUGGGCGACGGACCCCUUCCCGGAGAGGAGGAGGAGGACGGAGACGGGGAGGAGCUGAUCGGGGAUGGGAUGGAGAGGGAUUACCGUGCCAUCCCGGCUCUGGAUCAGUACGAGGCCGAGGGUUUGGAUCUGGAUGACGAGGAUCUGUCGGAGAUGUCACCUGGAGCUCGCGCUCGCGCUGAGGAAGCCAUGAGCAUCAGAGACAGAGCGCAGGGAGUCACUGGACGUCUGAGGAGAGGACUGCUCUACGCUGAUGACGAGGAUGACGGACAACCUUCAGCCCGGCGGAGACGAAGAGCCGAGUGGGCGGCAGAAGGAGAAGAUGGCGAUGAAGAGGAAAUGAUCGAGAGCAUCGAAAACCUGGAGGACAUGAAGGGUCACACAGUGAGGGAGUGGGUUUCCAUGGCAGCGCCGCGGCUCGAGAUCUACCACCGAUUCAAGAACUUCCUGCGGACACACGUAGACGAAAACGGCCACAACGUGUUCAAGGAGAAAAUCAGCGACAUGUGCAAAGAGAAUAAGGAGAGUCUGGUUGUGAACUAUGAAGAUCUUGCAGCCAGAGAACACGUGUUGGCUUACUUUCUACCAGAAGCUCCAACUGAGAUGUUAAAGGUUUUCGACGAAGCAGCUAAAGAAGUGGUUCUCGCCAUGUACCCGAAAUACGACCGCAUCGCACACGAGAUCCACGUCCGCAUCUGCAACCUGCCGCUAGUCGAGGAGAUCCGCUCACUCAGGCAGCUCCAUCUGAACCAGCUGAUCCGGACCAGCGGAGUGGUGAGCAGCUGCACAGGCGUUCUCCCUCAGCUCGCUAUGGUCAAGUACAACUGUAACAAGUGUAACUUCGUGCUGGGGCCGUUCUUCCAGUCCCAGAACCAGGAAGUGAAGCCGGGUUCCUGUCCCGAGUGUCAGUCGCUCGGACCCUUCGAGAUCAACAUGGAGGAGACCGUGUACCAGAACUACCAGAGGAUCACCAUCCAGGAGAGUCCCGGUAAAGUUGCAGCCGGUCGCCUCCCUCGCUCCAAAGACGCCAUCCUGCUCGCCGACCUGGUGGAUCACUGCAAGCCUGGAGACGAGAUCGAGCUGACGGGAAUCUAUCACAACAACUACGACGGCUCUCUGAACAUGGCUAACGGCUUCCCCGUGUUCGCCACCGUCAUCCUGGCCAAUCACAUCACCCGACGGGACGAAGGCGUCGCCGUGGCCGAGCUCACCGACGAGGACGUCAAAGCCAUCGUCGCUCUGUCCAAAGACGAACGCAUCGGAGAAAGGAUUUUUGCCAGCAUGGCUCCGUCCAUCUACGGUCACGAGGACAUAAAGAGAGCUCUGGCUCUGGCUCUGUUUGGAGGAGAACCCAAAAAUCCAGGCGGUAAACACAAAGUGCGUGGAGACAUCAACGUGCUGCUGUGUGGAGACCCGGGAACCGCCAAGUCUCAGUUCCUCAAGUACGUAGAGAAGCUGUCGACCCGCGCCGUGUUCACCACCGGUCAGGGAGCCUCGGCCGUCGGUCUCACCGCCUACGUGCAGAGACACCCGGUCACCAGAGAGUGGACGCUGGAGGCCGGAGCGCUGGUGCUGGCCGAUCGCGGAGUCUGCCUCAUCGACGAGUUCGACAAGAUGAACGAUGCCGACAGGACGAGCAUCCACGAGGCGAUGGAGCAGCAGAGCAUCUCCAUCUCUAAAGCCGGCAUCGUCACCUCGCUGCAGGCCAGAUGCACCGUCAUCGCUGCCUCCAACCCCAUCGGCGGCAGGUACGACCCCUCGCUCACCUUCGCUGAUAACGUGGACCUGACGGAGCCCAUCGUGUCACGUUUCGACGUGCUGUGUGUCGUCAGGGACACUAUCGACCCCGUACAGGAUGAGAUGUUGGCUCACUUCGUGGUCGGCUCCCACAUCAAGCAUCACCCUAGCAACAAGGAGGCGGGCAUCUCUCUGGAGGAAGUGGUGCUGCCCAACAUGUCUGACGUGCCGCUGAUUCCUCAAGAGCUGCUGAGGAAGUACGUCAUCUACUCCAAGGAGCGGGUUCAUCCCAAACUGAACCAGAUGGAUCAGGAUAAAGUGGCUCGUAUCUACAGCGAACUCCGUAAAGAGUCCAUGGCGACAGGCAGCAUCCCCAUCACGGUGCGUCACAUCGAGUCGAUGAUCCGCAUGGCUGAGGCGCACGCUAAGAUGCACCUCCGGGACUACGUGGUGGAGGACGACGUGAACAUGGCGAUCAGAGUGAUGCUGGAGAGCUUCAUCGACACGCAGAAGUUCAGCGUGAUGAGGAGCAUGAGGAAGACGUUCGCCCGCUACCUCGCCUUCCGCCGAGACAACAACGAGCUGCUGCUGUUCAUCCUGAAGCAGCUGGUUGCCGAGCAGGUCGCCUACCAGAGGAACAGAUACGGAGUCCAGAACGACACCAUCGAGGUCCCCGAAAAAGACCUGCACGAAAAGGCGAGACAGAUCAACAUCCACAACCUGACGUCUUUCUACGACAGCGAACUUUUCCGCUCCAACAAGUUCAGCCACGACGGCAAGAAGAAGCUGAUCCUGCAGCAGUUCUAAGAGCCUCUUCAUCAUCUUCAUCCUCUUCCUCUUC